UGGGUUUUUCUUUUUUCUUUCUUAAAUUUUCUUCAAAGCAUCUUUAUUGGUAGACCAUUGAUGUAGUCUGACAUGACAAUCCUAUAUUCCUGCACAGCUCUCUCCUACCUUUCCUUCUCUAGUUACAUAUAGAUAAGAGGGGGCUUGAGCACUUCACUUUAAUAAGUGGCCCAAAUCUGUGAAAGUAAUUUUCAUUUCAGUAAGUGUUUUGGUUUCGGUAUUUUUAUUCCAUGUUCCUCUUAUAUUUAUAUAAAAGACAUGUAGUUUCAUUGAACUUCUAGACAUCUACACUGCCACAGUGAGGCUUUCAAAAUUCUGAUGUACCAUUCAAACAGCAUAAACAAAACCGUUAUAUUAUUUAAUGAUAAGCCUUAGUAUUUAGUCUUAAUCAUGGAUGUUUAGAGAAGACCAAGGAUUCUACAAACACGGCUUACUGUGGGUGAUUACAAUGAUUUGAUUUUUAAGUGACUUUUUUGUACAUCAAUAUGCUGUGUGUAUUACAGAAAGGAAUAUUAAUUUUGCUUUCCUCACAAUCUAAAACAUGAAUGGUUAAAAAAAUUGCUUGCAGUAUAUGGUCAUCUUUAAACUGGCUUCACUUGUAGCACUGGCAGUGGAGGAACAAAACCUAAAAAUGAGGCAAAUAGGUGUAAAAUGUUUUAGUAAAAUUACUUCAGAAUAUUUCUACUGGUUUUGCCAAGGUGCACUAUCCUGCAGUUGUGCUGACACAACGAUUUAUAGGUUGAAAUGAAUAUAUGUGAGAUGGAUUAGUUAUAUUGAUAUGUCUGUAUGUCUGAUGGCAAAACUGCUCAUUACUGCCUUUCUUGGAACCUUUUCCAAACACAUGGAAUGGUUUCCAUACAAGGAACAGCUAAGUUUAGGACCUCUCUAUCUGGAAAAGAGAUGACAUGGCAGGGAGACGUGUGAUGGAGACUCACAAAAUCAUGACAGAUGUGGAGAGAGUGGACAGAAGUUGAUAACUCAUUUCUUCCAAUACAUGAACUAGGAGAUCUCAAGCAAAGCUAAUGUUAACCAGAUUGAAGCAAAAUAAAGUCCAGUCCCUCACCCCAGGGAUAGUGGACCUGUAGAAUUAAUUGAUAAAGGGUGUUCCUGGAUGCUAAAAGAUCAUGUGGAUUUUAAGCAGGCUGGGUAAGUUCAUGAAUGAUAAAUGGUUUGAGAUUUACUAAAUAUAGAAAAUCACAUCUGCCUUACCAGGUUCUUCUAGAGAAAAAUGAGAGCGUAUUUGGGAUAUAUGUUCUAUGUUCUCAGUCUUCGAUGGCAGCUAUUUAUAGCUGUUGCUGAAGAUCAGGAUACUAGUAGAAACGGAUCUCAUACUGACCCAAUACAGCUGCUCUCAUGCACUUUCCUUAUAUUCUGUUGCUAAAGCUGAUCCUGACUUUCUAAUUCUUUUCUAAUCCUGAUUUGAGUAUGACAAUCAAACUGUUAGCACACCAGACUUGGAGGAGGGGGAAAAAAAAAAAAAGAAAAAGAUCAAAAUGUGCCGCCUCCCUUUCAAGGCACUUAGCUCUCCCUCAGUUCUUAAUUUAUAAAUACUUUUUUCCUCUGUCCCUAGUGAAAAAUGUAAAUGUGAGGCCACAGAAACAACAGGAAAGCCUUGCAUGCAGUUAUGAGAGAGACCACUGAAGGUGAGGCUAGUAUAGAGGAAUUUUACUUGCAUAAUUAAAUGGUGUCAUUUCAAGGAAGGAGUGGAAGACGUGGAACCUAUCCCUGAUACCCAGCCUGCUCACUGUAUAUCUGUCUUGCAUAUUUAUACAUUAACACAGAUGAUUUUUUGACCAGAUUGCUGGUCUGUUGGAUUUGGUUUACCAGGAUUGGACCAUAAGUAACUGGUUUUAGAGAAAAAUGGGGGUAGUUGAGCUUUGACAGUUACGAUUUUGAUCAGACUUGUUCUUGCAGCCUGGCUUGCCCUGUGAGGGUCUGACGCAUCUUAAUUUUUUUAUUUCUAUCUUAAUUUUCCUCCACCUGUAUAAGUCAAACUGACUUCCCCUGUCAGUUUUGCUCACUGAAGGAAGUAAAUGUUCCAUGUAAUGCAGUCUGCUUAUUUUAUCACCUUGGAAGUCAAAUUCUUAAAGGUGAAAUAGUAAAUCAUGUUUGUUUCUAUGAUUAUGACUAGUAAUGAAUUACAGAAGAUAUUUUCUCUUUGUUUCCUUUAGGUGCGUUUCUCAUAUAUGCGGAUGAAGUAUCUCUUCAUCUCUUGGUUAGUAGUAUUUAUUGGCAGCUGGGUUAUGUAUGUUCAGUACUCCACCUACACAGAACUAUGCAGAGGACAUGACUGUAGGAAAAUAAUAUGUGAUAAAUAUAAGACUGGAGUUAUUGAUGGGUCAGCAUGUAGCAGCCUUUGUGCUAAAGAAACAUUGUAUUUUGGGAAGUGUUUGUCAACAAAGCCCAAUAACCAGAUGUAUUUAGGAAUCUGGGGAAACCUCCAAGGUGUUAUAAAAUGCCAGAUGGAAGAAGCUGCCCAACCUGAUUUUGGUACUGACCCAGAACCAAGGAAGGAAAUAGUCCUGUUUGAUAAACCAACAAGAGGAACCACUGUUGAGAAAUUCAAAGAAAUGGUGUAUGGUCUUUUUAAAGCAAAAUUGGGUGAACAAGGAAAUCUUUCAGAACUGGUUAAUCUCAUCCUGUCUUUUGCUGACGGAAACAAAGAUGGUAGAGUUUCUUUGCCAGAGGCGAAAUCUGCAUGGGCGCUUCUGCAGCUGGAUGAGUUUCUCCUAAUGGUGAUCUUGCAGGAUAAAGAACAUACACCCAAGUUGAUGGGAUUUUGUGGGGAUCUCUACGUGACAGAAAGAGUUGAAUAUACCUCUCUCUAUGGAAUCAGCCUUCCAUGGAUCAUAGAACUUUUCAUUCCCUCUGGCUUCAGAAGGAGCAUGGACCAAUGGUUUACUCCAUCGUGGCCAAGAAAGGCAAAAAUAGCUAUAGGGCUUUUAGAAUUUGUGGAAGAUAUUUUCCAUGGACCUUAUGGAAACUUUCUUAUGUGUGAUACAAGUGCCAAAAACUUGGGAUAUAAUGAUAAAUAUGAUUUGAAAAUGAUGGACAUGAAAAAAAUUGUGCCAGAAACAAAUUUGAAGGAAAUAAUUAAAGAUCGUCAGUGUGAAUCAGAUUUGGACUGUAUUUAUGGUACAGAUUGUAGAACUCUGUGUGACCAAAGCAAAAUGAGAUGUACCACAGAAGUAAUUCAGCCAAACUUGGCGAAAGCCUGUCAGCUACUUAAAGACUAUCUGCUUCGUGGUGCUCCUUCUGAUAUCCAUGAAGAACUAGAAAAACAACUGUACUUGUGUAUUGCCCUUAAAGUCACAGCAAAUCAGAUGGAAAUGGAGCAUUCUUUAAUACUCAAUAACUUAAAAACUUUACUCUGGAAGAAGAUUUCCCAUACAAAUGAUUCUUAGCCUUUUCACCAGCAGAAGAUAAUAUUGGUGCCAGCCACUAGAGGUGGCCCACCACGUUUGAUAAAAACAAUCUGCAGCGUUUUUUAGAGACACUUCUUUGCUCAGAUUUCAUGAAUGCCUCUUUAUCUCUUGCCCUUCAGUCAGGACCUUAUGACAGGGCUUCUCAAAAAAUGAACGUGCCACCGAACGAUGGGGCAGAGGCCAGAAGCAUUUCCAGUGUUCCAUUGCUGCGCUAAGGAAACACAAAACCCUGCAUGCGUGACUGUUCUGUGCACUUUGUCAGAUCUUGAACAGGAUGAAAGCAUUCACUGUGCCACCGCGUCAACUGAUGGAGCAUCUUACGAUUCUGUGAAAAUCAUCGCUCACUUGUGAAAUACCUGCAAAAGAUUUUUAUCCUACGUAGUUUUCUGACGAACCACCACUACUGCAAAUAACGUGUCCGAGUCCAAGCUGCUGUUGUGAAUAAACUGAACUGUGAGACUGAAGUUUACUAAUACUUUGGCAUGGCAGAAUUUGCACAUUAAUAAUUUUUAAACUGUGGAAAAAUUAGAAUUUUAUUCUAGAACUGACAGCUUGUAAUAUGAGACUUAAAUCAGAUUAUGUUUACACCUUGUUACCUCAUGCUUACUUCUUGAAUGUUUAAGUAGUUCAACAUUUUUUAAUUAAGUCCUUAUACAGUGAACCAUGCUGGGAGCCAAGAAUUUUGGAAUAUGUUAUUUCUUAAAAUCAUGCAUAUAGUCUAGCAGCAAUAUCAACAUCCGUUUCAAAAACUGUAAAUUACUGUACUUCAGUUGAAACCUUUAACCCAAAUUAAGCUGUAACAAAAACUGAAAAGUAAGGAGAUUGCGGACUAAGCUAUUUUAUGAGAGCUGAAGCUAAUUUUUAAAAAUACUGUCAGCAGAAAUGUCUUAAGUUUAAAAAAAAACCAAAAAAACCCAGCUUGCAUAGUUUAGGAAUCUGCUGUAUGACAUGUGAAACAAGUAAUAAUUGGGGAUAAAGUCUUGACUUUUUACUGUCCCUCCAAAUUUAGCUACAGACUUCCACUUAAAUCCUCUUGAACUAUUGCAGGAAGCAUGUAAGCCAGAGCUAGACCUGAACUGUAGGACAGAAGCAGGACUGUCCAGGAUCAUGAAAUGUUGCUUAAAUGGGAGCCUCUGAGAUAGUGACAGUUAGGAAUGAGGUGGAACAUAAGUGAGCUGUAGUGUUACUAUUUUUCUCUCUAGUAGCAUCUAUGAAUCAUUGUUAAAUCUCAAGCCAUGAGUAAAUAACCACCAUCUGAUACAGGCAUUGUACGUGGCAUGACCACUGUAGCACCUUCUGCAUCCCUGCUGUUCUCAGAUUUAUGUCUCUGUUCACAGUUACGCAGAAUUAGAUGUCCAAAAACCACCUUAAUACUAUGUUCAAGAAUACUUAUCUGUUAAUGUUUAAUUUAUAAAUGCUUUAGGAAAUAUAGUUAAAUCCUUAGUGAUUUUAAUGCCCGUCAUCCAUAUACUUCUAAAUCCUGGCUCUUUAAAUUAGCUUUCAGCAUGGGCAACAAGGACAAGCUUUAUUUAAAUAUUUGAAAGAUUGUUAAUUGCUUUAGGUAUCCUGUAUUAAAUGCAUUCCUUGAAGGAUUAAACUGAAGUACAGGAUGAACAAAGUCAUUUCUCCAUACCAUAUGUAAUAGUAUGCAGCUUGGGUUAAGAGUAUACUGUUUUGUAAACAUCAUCAGCUUUUUAGUUUAAGAAUUACUAUGCUAAUUAUUAUCUCUAAGUUGAUAUGUCCUCCCUUCACAAGUUAUUACACUCAAAGGUGAAGUGGUCAUGUUCUUGGUGGAAAAAUCUGACUGUAAUUGCUACUAGGUUGAAUCCAAAAUGACAUAGGCUAUCUCAAACAACUGGAAAACAUGUUUAAUAGUGCAGUUUGUUGUACAGAACCUUCACUUUCAUUGCUGUUGUUUGUUUACAAUAAAUCACAAGCCUCCUUUUCUCUUUCAAUA